AUGGUUGGGAGGAAAAGGAAGGAUGACAAGGGUGCGAAAAAGACUGCCAAAAAGGAUAAAACAUCCAUUGCUUCUUUAGAGAUGGAAAAUACUGAGAAGGAAAUGCAUUUGCAUACAAACAACACAAAUGCUACAGAUCCUAUAACUGCUGAGGACACUGUGCCAUUACAUUCAAAGAAAAAACAAUCAAAGAAUUCAAAAGCAGUUGUCAGGAGAUCCAGCCGUCUUAUGAGUUCCAUACGACCUAUUCAUAGCCAAGUCGUUGUUCCUGUUGCCGAGCAUGUCGAUCUUGUCGACAAUGAAGAAGAAGAAGAGCCGAAUGUUCAGGAAGUUAGUGCUAUGCCAAUCAUGGUUGAAAGAAGUGUGGAAGAAAAUGCUGACCGUGUUGUCCGAUCUACUGAUGAAUACAAGCCUAAGAAUGGUAAACAGGUUACUGAAAGACUAAUUAAGUGCCCCUCUGCUAGUAUGAACUACAAAAGAUUGUACUUCGACUCGCAAAAGAAGGUUGAUUUCUUAAUGGAGGAAAAUUUACAGCUAGUCAAAAAUUUGGAAUUUUGUCGUGGAAAGAUUGAAGCGUAUGAGAAGAUGAAGGAUGUUAUGGCUAGUCCAAAGGACGUGAUUUUGAUCAACAAUUCGGGAAAGGCAACCGAACGCACAGAAAAUUUAUUACCUCAAAUGAUGGUGGGAAAUUGUAGCUCUCUGACUGCUGUUGCUGCUUCUGACGCCGUGGAUGAUCUUAAGAAAUCUGUUAAGCAAAGGAAGUACAGUCGCAAAGAGAAAAGGGCCAAGUCUUGA